CCGGCCAUGGCGAAGCGGCUGGCGGGGGGCCCCGCGGCCCUCCAGGCGGAGGACUUCUCCUUCGUCAGUCCGCUGGUCAAGUACCUGCUCUUCUUCUUCAACAUGGUCUUCUGGAUGAUUUCCAUGGUGAUGGUGGCGGUGGGAAUCUACGCCCGGCUGAUGAAGCAUGCAGAGGCGGCCAUGGCUUGUCUUGCCGUCGACCCGGCCAUCCUCCUCAUCGUGGUGGGUGUCCUGAUGUUCUUCAUCACCUUCUGCGGUUGCAUCGGCUCUCUGCGCGAGAACAUUUGCCUGCUGCAGACGUUCUCGGUCUGCCUAACGGUCAUCUUCUUGCUCCAGCUGGUGGCCGGCGUCCUGGGCUUUGUCUUCUCCGACAAGGCCCGCGGGAAAGUGAGCGAGGUUGUCAACAAUGCCAUAGUGCAUUACCGGGACGACCUGGACCUCCAGAACCUGAUUGACUUCGGCCAGAAGGAGUUCAGCUGCUGUGGAGGCGUCUCCUACAAAGACUGGUCCCAAAAUAUGUACUUCAACUGCACGGCCCACAACCCUAGCCGUGAACGCUGCUCUGUGCCUUACUCCUGCUGCCUGCAAGUUGAAGACCAGUCGGUCAUCAACACCCUGUGCGGUCAAGGCAUGCAGGCCCUCAACUACCUGGAGGCGGGCGAGUUCAUCUACACCAACGGCUGCAUCGACAAGCUGGUGAACUGGAUCCACAACAACCUCUUCCUGCUCGGCGGGGUGGCCCUGGGCUUGGCCAUUCCCCAGCUGAUAGGAAUCCUGCUCUCCCAGGUCCUCGUCAACCAGAUCCGAGACCAGAUCAAGCUCCAGUUGUACAAUCAGCAGCACCGAGCGGAUCCCUGGUACUGACCGGACUUCGUCGCCAGGAAUGUCUCGAAUGCUGGGGGAGGCGGGCUUUCCAGGGCGCCUGGCCCUGUCGGCGGCAGGCUGCUCUUCGUCACACCGGAUGGGGGAAUAACAAGGUGAACUCGCCCGCCGGCCUCCCGACAUACCAUUUGCCAUCUGUGGGUAAAAAAAAAAAUGCUAAGAUUCGAAAGCAGUGCCGCCUGGCUUCCCCGCACUACAGAGGAGCUGCUGCUUCCUGGUUACUUCCUGACAUUGGUUACUUCCUGACAUUGGGAAGGGGAGCUCCCUGGUUGCUUGCUCCCUGGAUGCACCCUGUCCCACGAGACUGGAGCGAGGAGCCAUUGGAUUCUGGAUUUUUUCCUGACGAGUGCCACUCUAAUACUGACUGUUUUGGGCCCAGGGGAUCUGCGUUCCCUUGUUCGGAAAGGGCCCAAAAUGGCCGGAGAAAGCAAAGCCGAAAACAGCUCCUUGGGCUGGAAAGGAGUCGUGGAGCAGAGAGGUUCGACCCCGAUCUAGCUUCGAGGUGCUUGGCGCCAACCGCCUUCUUGCCUGGAACCUGUUCUUCUGAUUCUGGGACUGGAGGGGUCCCCCCAAAACUGGUAGUCGGCCGAGGCUGACAAAGGCCAGUAUUGUUUCACCCAACGGUUGGCGGACUUGUGGAACUCCCUGCCACCAGAUGUCAGGACGGCUGGCGGCUUACAGGGAUUGAAAAGGGGGUCUGGGCGCAGUUGUGGAGGAGAGGGCUAUCGGUGGUGAGCCGUGAUCGCCAGAAGGGAUUUCUGGGUUCACAGGAAGAAAUCCCGUGAUUAUACAAUGCUGGGGAGCCUUGUGGCUCACAGGCCCUGCCUGGCAUCUGACUGCCCACGGCUGGGAACAGCAUGCCAGUCUGAUCCAACAGGGCUAUUCGAACCCAGGCAUCUGGUGCCAAAAUCUCACACCUGAUUUCAUCUGACUUUCGCUGGCCCACAAAGGGUACUGAGGAUCUGAGUGGGAGGGGGGGUACUGCCGUGGGGUUCCCCCAGCAUCUUGCCCGUCAGCCAUGGGGCUGCUAAGACCUGGCCACAGCGGCCCUGCCCCACCUACGCACCCCCGUCCCCAGGCAAGCAAGGGCCGCCCUUGCGAGGAGAAAGGGAAAGCGAGCACUUUUGUAGAGGGCAGACUCUGGCAGGAGGUGGCCAAUGUUUCUUCUGCAGCUGCUCUGCCUGGAGGUAUUGGCUGUCAGCACUAUGCUUUAGUGGAACGUCCAUGUUCAGGCGCAGUAUAUCUGGUUUCUGGGACCAAACAGGAAGAGGCCUGCAAAUCUGGCCCUGUUGUUUUCGGGGGGGGGGGGAGGUUGCUGCUGCAAGCAGGAGGCAGGACUUGGCGGCCCCCGGGUGGGUCUGUCCCCUCAGGGCUGGAAAGUGAAGCACCAUCAGCCAAGAAGAAGGAAGUUGAAGGACCAUCAGCCAGGAAUGGCAUCAGCCAAGAAGAAGAAGAGAUGGUUUUU